UCAGGUCAAUUGUAUUGGAUUUUCUAUCAAGAAAAAAGCAAGUUAUAGAUAGAUGGAAAUACUUAUUGCUUUAGUAAUUUUUCUUGAUAUUGUUCAAAAUAAUGAUUAAAAUUAUUCAGUAGUUUAUUUAUAUAUAUCAGAAGUUACUUCUACUAUUGAUAUAUUAGUACACUAUAUUUUUAAAGUGAAGUUAGGUUAAAACACUAGGUUAAAAUGUCGGAAAAGUUGAUGGGCCAGCGUGUGAUCGUGAUAGGAAAGGAUGUGAAAGGAUCCGUUGCGUAUGUUGGAUACCCAACAUUCGCUACUGGGAAGUGGAUUGGUGUGAUUUUGGACGAACCCAAAGGCAAGAACAACGGUACAGUCCGGGGACAUGCCUACUUUAAUUGUGAGGAGAACUAUGGAGUCUUUGUACGCCAAACCCAAAUCCAACUGCUGGACUCUGAGGAUAAUCCGAUGGAGACAUCAAUGUCGUCAAUGACAUCUUCUAUACAGGAGGGGAAACCGACAGCUGCCAAUCGGAGACUCAGCAGUAUUACUGUGGCCCAGAGAUCUAGACCGACCACGGUGCGUCGGAAGGCAUCUCCUGCGCAGACAAAACCUGGAACAUUGUCUAUGUCGAGCUCGAGAACGUCUUUGGCCAGCAGUCGACAAUCGUUGACGUCCUACGCGUCCCCCACCGCCGAACGAGCUUCCACACCCGACUUGGCAAAAAGGGCAGCCUUUGUGGAGACUGGCUUCGUGGAAACCUUAACACCACAGUUUACGCUCGGCCAAAGCAUUACAUCGCCGCCAGCGCCCGUGGAGGACAAGUUAGCCAACCUACAGGCUCAACAAGAGAUAACAAGCCUGAAAUCUGAAGUGGAGGAUUUGAAAGAGAAACUGGAGACACUAAAAGUUCGGCGCGCGGAGGACAGAGAGAAACUGCGGGAGUUGGAGCGGUUGCGACUCCAGCUGGAGCAGGCGAAUGAGUUCAAGAGCAGAAUCAUGGAGUCGCAGGCGCAGCUGCAGAGGGACCUGCAGAGGGCUAAGCAGGAGGUUCGCGAAGCACAAGAAGCGUUGGACGCGCACAACGAGGAAACAGCCGAACUGCAAGAGGCGGCGGAAAUGGCCGCUCUAGACAAGGAGAUGGCUGAAGAGAGGGCGGAAGCCUUACAGCUCGAGCUGGAGCAGUGCCGGGAGAAGCUGGAGGAAGCCACGCUGGACCUGCAGCUCAUGAGGGCUGAGAUGGAGGCCGGCGGGAAUAUACAGCACCCGUAUGCAGCAGAGGGCGGCGCCGCGACCGGCUACGAGAUGCGGCAGCUGCAGCAGCAGAACGUGCGCCUGCGCGACACGCUCGUGCGCCUGCGCGACCUCUCCGCGCACGACAAGCACGCCAUCAUGAAAAUGAACAAGGACUUGGAACAAUACAAAUCGGAAAUAGCUGAGCUCAGUCGCACAAAGGAGAAGCUGUCCAGUCGCGUUGAGGAACUUGAGGGCCAAGUGGCCGAUCUCAGGGAACAAGUAGACGCCGCACUCGGCGCUGAGGAAAUGGUGGAGCAGCUGGCCGAGAAGAAAAUGGCUUUGGAGGACCAGGUGGAGCAAUUGAAGCAGGAUGUCUCAGAAUUGGAGGCGCUUCAAGAGGUCCACGAACAACUGGUGGAGUCCAACAGAGAGCUCGAGAUGGACCUCCGAGAGGAGUUAGAGAUGGCCCACGCCGCUACCAGAGAGGCGGUUCGCGAACGGGAAGCGGCGAUGGAGACAAUAUUGGACCGGGACACAACCAUUGUGAAGUUCAGGGAGCUCGUCCAGAAGUUGGGCGAGCAACACCAAGAGCUGCGCAACCAACUCGAGUCUAAACAAGGUUCACGCGCACCUAGUUCGGAAAAAGAGGAAUCUGUGCCACGGAGCUCGCCACAAGCGGAGUUGGGGUCGCUUGUGCACCUCUCCAAAGCUUCUACAAGGUCCAUUGACCUCCAACUCAGGGCCUUAGACCUGGCCCAGGCUCGGGCCAGAGCCGACAUGUUGGCCGCUUGCUUGCCGGACCACUUCAUGUCUCCAUCUGGUGACCAUGACGCCAUCUUGCUGAUUCUUCUUCUCCAGCGUUUGUACACGAAAGCGGAUAUUAUUCUUGGCCAGAUUAGAGAAAGAUUCCCAGCGGUGAACGUGUGGGAUCGUGAGGCGGUGACGAAAUCACACACGGCCGUUCAGUACAGCUUUAGAUGUCAGCUGGAAUACCAACUGCACAUGAUACAGUGUAUAGUAUCAAUGUGGUCUGGAGCACUGGAGCGCUGUCCCCCGGAGACGCUGCUGCGUUGUGCGUCCGCGUUGCCCGACGCGGCGCAGCAGGAGCGCGCGCUGGACGCGCACGCGCAGCUGCUCAAGUGCAACGAGCUCGACGAGAACUGCUCUCUGGAAGGGCUGGAGCGUUGCUGGACAUACCUAUCGGCGAUGUGGUCGGCGCUGGGGCUGCAGACGGCGGCGCGCGUGAGCCGCGACGGCGUGCAGCACGCGGCGCACGCGCUCGACGCGCUCGCGCGCGCGCUGCACGCCGACGUGUCCGCGCUCGACCUGCUGCUGCAGCAAUCCGAUCGACAACAAGAAGUGGGCCAGCUGCACUCGGCCAUCUGUUCCUCCACGGUCGCUCUACAGCAACAGCUGAAGAGCAUCCGUCGCAGACUGCCGCCUGGGGUCCACUUGGACGCUGUGCUGUUGGACCCACAACUAUGUCUGGUAGAGCGAAUGCGCAACGAGUGCGCGCGCGCGCUGUGGCUGGCGUCGCGCGCGGCGCGGCUGUCGGCGCGCGCGGGCGGCGCGUGCGCGGCGGCGGCGGGCGAGCGCGGCGAGGUCGCGCCGCUUGCGCACGCGCAGCUCCUCGCUCUCUGGGCCACCGCCGUCGACAAGGUCUACCAACAGGACGAUCACGGACCGGUGCGCACGAUCAAGCACUCGCUGUCGGCGGUGACGGCCGACGUCGCGAAGCUCGCCAGCUUUGUGCAGGACCGAGAGUACGACAUGAUGUCACUCACGAACGUAUCUCAGGACAAGCCGACCCCGCCAGUGGUGGUCCGCGCUCAGCUGGUGAAGAAGCAACUGGAGGAGACCAAGACGCUGACCAUCAAGCUGGAGAACAAGGAGGCCGACCUCAAGGAGCUCCGGAAGGCGUUCAAAGCGAAACAAGAGGAGCUAUCGGAGAUGCAGAUCAGACGGGAGUUGGGCGAACGCAAGCUGUCUGCGGCCGCUCGGGACGCGGAGCUGCGCGCCGAACAGCUGCAGCGGAAGCUGGACGACGUCUGCAACCAGCUCAAACGCAAAGAGAAGGAGUACGAAGAGACGAUGGACCACCUCCAGCAAGACAUAGAUUCGCUGGAACUUGAGCGCGGCGCGUUGCGGGACAAACUGAAAGUAUACGCCAAGAAGGGCUCACACCACGAGGAGACACCUGUGAAGGAGAUACGGCCCACAGCAAUCGUGGGUGACGUCAAUGAGGCCCUGCAGCAUCAGCUCAAAGUGCUGAGUUGGACGGUGGAACGUGAACGAGAAGCUCGUCUGGCGGCUUGCAAGAAGGCGGAUCGCGCCUCUCUGAACAGCCUGAGGCCGCUGGUCAGCUUCACAGCGGAAGCUGCCAAGUCCAGGAGGCUGGCGGCCACCGAGCUGGAGCGCCAGCUGGCCAGGCUGCAGGCGGAUUGGACGAUGUUCGUCGCUCGUUCUGGCCUCGUGAAGUUCCCGGAAGAUCCGAGCAAAUACGCGACCGCGCACGCCAACCACAAGGAGAGGCAGAAGGAGAUCAAGAGGCAGUUGGAAGAGCGCUUGGUGGCGCUGCAAGCGGAGGUGCGGCAGCAGCUGCUGACGCACCGGCCCUGGCGCUGUGUGGAGGCGCACUUCGCCGAGUUCCCUGCGCGGGAGUUGGCUCAGGCUCUGAACACAACAUCGGUGGAGGUUGGUACGCUACAAUACCGCGGCCCCGCCAACGAAACAGACGACACAGUUUUCGUCACUCCUGCGCAGCUGGCCAAGAUAAAAGAACUGGUUGCCGAGUUGAAGUCUGACGAUGUGAAGCUGGAGUUGAAGGCUAUGGACACUAUUUGCGCGGCUUAAACUUAUACUAAACAUUUCUAAUUAGUGUUCCUCCAAAUUCCGCAUCGGUUUCGGCAUUAAAAUAUAAUUUCAGUGAUAAAUUCAGCUGAAACUUUGAACCGGUCGACAUUAUUAUUUUUUUUCUCAGUAAGUGUAUCGAGGGAGGAACUUUUUUUCUUUGUUUUUUUUUUUUAACCUGUUCUACUCCACUUCUGGGCAAAGGUUAUUUUGUUUUUUUUAAUAGUCUUAAUUGGAAAAAAAAUAUUAAUACUUAUCGCUUUUGGCCAAAAAACAUAAUUCGAUAUUUUUGAUCGGACACUACUUAUAAUUGACGAGAAUCUUAUUAAUAAAAAAUAAUCUUUAUUUUUAAGCAAAUAACCCAUAUUUGAAGCGUACAGGUUAACUGUUAAUAGCUCUUUUUAGUGAUAUGAAUAAUAAUCAUUCAUUCAUGUGAUACGAUUGAUAGUGGAUCACAUAAAAAAUAUUAUUAUUUCACGCUGUAAAAUACUCGUAUGUAUAUAUAGAAAAAAAAUGUUUUAUUGAUGGCGUUUGUUUUAUAUCGGUCUAGCGGCCCGUUCCGGCUUCGCUCGGGAAUAAAUUAUACGCCUAAACACUAUUGGUGAAAACCGCAUGAAAAUUCGUACAGCAGUUUUUGAGUUUAUCGCGAACAAACAGACGCGGCAGACGACUUUGUUAUAUGUAAGGAUAAGGAUAGUUGUGUUAUAUAGCAUUUAAAAGAGAAUAUCUGAACAAUUAGUGUUAGUAAUAUCGCUUAUGGCUGUAUAAUAUUUUUUAAGACAUUUUCUCGCAACUCUACCGCUUGUUUCGACGUUUUACGUCACAGUUAUUACGCUUCGUGACUAAUAAUAAAUAAUCAUUAUUGUAUGUUUGUCAAUAAUUUGUUUUAGAAACAAAUCCAUGUAUAAACAUAAAUUAAAAGUUCAUAAUAACAAAAAAUAACUUUAAAAUAUAAUUAAAUACAAGUCCCAUAUAAAUUAUUAUUUUUGACAAUAGACAGAGAAAAUAAUAGACUUCGUAAUAACUUCCGUUUCGCUCAUGCAAGAAAGAGAAGCGAAGUAUUGUUACACAAGAAGAAACGAGACAUAGCGCUUAUAUUAAUUAAUUUUGUCCCUCAUAGUGUUCGCUUUUAUAACGCCUAUUUUGGUUUAAGUUAUAUGGAAAUGUUGAUUCACUAGCUCGUUGUCUUUAGUUUCUUUUGUCUCUAUUUUUGAAAGGAAUAAAGUGACUAAUUCAUCUCUGAUAAGAUACUAUUCUUACUACUAUUUUCUCUAAACGUCGGUCGUGGUCCACCUGCUAAGUUCACCUGGUUGAACUGCGGACAUUUGCCGGUGAUACGCCUCAGUUUAACCUGGGUGAAAUCGAGUGUUUCUGUUCAAUCAUGUUGUUCACUACGUGCAUUAUUAAAGAGGAAGUUAUAUUGUUUCAUAUUGGUUUAUAUUGCGGACAGCGGCAAUAAACGAAUUUUCGAUGACUGUUUGAAAUUUAGGGAAUUCGUAGAAGGUAUUCGCAUUCAAACCAUCACCUCGUCAACUACAGAAUUAGUGUGUCUCACACAGGUAUCUCGUUCCUUCAUCCAAGGCGGACAAACCCCACGGCCAGGGACCCAGUGUUCUAUCGGUGGAACAAUAUCACGGUCCUAAUGAAGGAGUGCAGAAGCAGCGAAUGCCUAGAAGGUGUCAGAAUCCAGACAGACACUUCGUCAGACUAGGACUGACGACAAUUUUCAGGGAGUGGAAGCUCACACGAAUCUGUCUGACAUUGAUCAUGUACUCUGCACCCUAGGGUUCCAAUCUCCGCUCCAUUGUUAAGACGAACACGCAUCAAGCAUUUUCUGGUUCUAACCGGCGACUUCGAAGUCGUCGGUCGUCGGAGGAGGAGGGGGGACUCGCGUUCCCGCUCUCGGCCAUGAAGCCUGAGGGUUCUUGGGCGGUGUUGGGCGUAUCAAGCUCCAUGUCGGAGGCUACGGGUGACUCUGGAGAGUCUGCGGAGGGGCGGGAGCGUAGUCUGGGGUCCCUAGGGUUCCCUGAAGGCCUGAGCGCUUGGGACUCCUCUAUGGGCAAAAUGCCGAAUCUAUUCGGCGGGAUCGCGGUCGCAGACGCUAGCUGGGAGGGUUGAGAGACAGACUCCUUUAGGAGCAUGAGACGCUCCAUGGUUCGCUAGCCCGCUAACCGCCUACGGAGCAGGUCGUCGGUGAACGGGGUGUCAGCCAUAUUGGCUCCGCGACGAGGUAAUGGCGGGGAGGGGGGUAUACCCGAGGGGAAACUCGGGGCCCUAAUCCCUAGCCCUCCCGCCGGGUGUAAGCGGAAGUGUGUACCCUAACCGUUCCCUACUGCGUGGUGUUGAGCUCAGUAUGGGGGUGUUCGUACAUUUAUUCACAAACAAAUCAUUCACUAGUAUACUUUGGCUCCGGUUUUGGAGCUCUCCGGUGUAUCUGCACUCAGGCCUUGAUGGCCACCUUCAGGUUUCUUUCCGCUGACAUAGAGUAGGCGAACACGGCGACCCGGUACUCCUGGUUAUCCUUCGGCGUGUUUAAGAUGCAGCAGUGAGUGCUCAAAUCUCAAUCCGCUCCACUCGUGAGAUAUCGAUCACAAGCUGAAAGGCGUGGCGAAAGCUUGUAGCAUAGGUUGACUACCCUAUCUCCUUAUUGUCGUGAGAUCCGCUUGUGGGGAGGUCGGCUACUGGGGAAGCGCGGGAAAAUGAAACCAACGACCGGUGUGACAGGAGAUUGAGGCUAUCCCCUCCGACGCUACACGCAGCGCGGGGCGGCAGUCGUGUGUUGAUAAUGCACAUUUUCUCGUGGAACGUCACACAUUAUUUUACUACUAGCGACCCGCUCCGGCUUCGCUCGGGUAAAAUACAUAUAAUUAAUUAUACACCUAAACCUUCCUCAGGAAUCACACUAUCUAUUGGUGAAAACCGCGUGAAAAUUCGUGUUGUACUUUUUGAUUUUAUAGAAUUGAAAUAAGUUUAUUUAGACACACACAUAACAACAAAAAAAAAAUUAUUUAUCGCGAACAGAUAGACGCGGCAGAGGACCUUACAUAUUAUAAAACAAAGUUUUAUAAUAUGUAAGGAAUAGGAUGAUUAUUUUGGCCAUGAUUACUGUAAAACUACAUAACUGUACAUAUAGUCUUACAUUAUUUCUAGCCUUUGUUUAUAUACGUCAAACAAAAUUAGAAAUUACAAUCAAAAACCAAAAAUGCUUUGAUCUCGCCCAAGCACAACUAAGAAUCUUAAUAUUAAAAUUCUGUAUAUCAAACACUAUAAUGUUUCGGCGAUUUGUGCCCGCAACAUCUGUGUUGUUAAUACACCAUAAAACUUCGCUGAACGUGGCAAAUUGAACAUACAUCGCUGUUUUUUACUUGCGGUGAUAAAAAUCCUCGCACACAAAUUACGCAAUGUAUUUUGUUUCGCGUUCGCUUCUGUAAGUUCGCUUAAGUAAUUAUAAUAUGAAGGAGUCCUUUGAGUCGGUUGCGGACCGCAGUGGUAUUUUGGAUGAGUCGCUUUUAUGUUUCGUUUUUAUUUUAAUUAUUUGUAUUUAAUUUUGUAAUUUUAAGUGUUAUUUUUCCUUUUUGCUUUAUAUUUUACAGUGUUAACAAUUAAAAUAGUAUAAUAACAUCAAGAUUCUUUUGCGUGGCCAAAAUGGCGGAAUCUGACAUUUCACUUGCGACUCCAAUUUGCCGGAUAACCUCACAGAAUAACCUCACAAAUAGCAUGCAUACUAUUGUUUACCAGAUACUUUCGAUUUUUAAUUCGUCGGUUCCGUAUUUCAGUUUAUGUAAUGCUAGAUAUAAAUGUCUAUCGUCUUGUGAUUGCCACGGCAAUAUGUUUUAAAGUGAUAAUUAAUAUCAAAGACCAACAAAUUAUAUAGACAACGGACGAGUGUAACCAAAUGAAAAGACCAAAUUCAGAUCUCAUUCAAAGUGGUAGAUAGGGCGGGGCACGUGGUGAAGGACAAAAGAAGCCAGCGCUCUUCAGUCUCGUUUCUUUUUUAUUCUAAUACGUACAUCUCUUGUAUGAACGAAAUGAAGAUCUUUCUCUGUCUACGGAGAUUAUUUUCUUCUUCCUCUUAAUAGAUAUCAAUAGGAUUUACUGCAAUAUUUUAUUGAUUUUUGAUUUGCUACUAUAUUUAUUGUACUAUUAUGUAUAUGGAAACAUAUAAUAGCCCUUAUUUUUAGAUAUAUUAAGGCAUACAUAUAGAACUUGUUAACGCUGUUGGUUUUCUUAAUAAAUAAAUAAAUAAAUAAAUAAAUAGAGGCGUUAAUAUGUCUGUUUUUAUUUGUGCAUUAUGGUAGUUGAUUGCAUAUAACAGUGAAUGUUUUUUUUUCUUUAUUUAUCAAAUUAUAUGACUUAAUAAACGGUAUAUUUUUU